CAGUUCUCGGCCUCUGCUUUUUGUCUGUUUUCUACCAAGCGCGAAAAUGUGAAUUUCGCAAUUCAUUUAAAGUGUCCAAAACUGAGAUCAGGCAGGAACAAACUUGCCCUCAACAUCAAUAAUUAAAUAUUUUCGGCAACAGAACGAACUGAGGAUACUCUUGUAUAACGCGUGCCCUGAAUAACUGCGCAGUAAAAAUCAAUAACUAAGUAGCACGCAUCGAUACAUAAAUGUAAAACGCCCCAGAUAAAAAGGAAGAUGUCCGACGAGGAGGAGGAUUCCGUGUCCGAGGGCUUCUCGGCCAGCGAGGAUGAGUGGAAGCCGAGCAAGGACGCCAAGGGAGGCGAGUCCUCCGACGACGAUGACAGUGAUUUCGAUGAGCUGCAAGCAGAGGGAGGAGCAGCGGGCUCCAGUGGACGAUCGUCCGCUGUAGCGGGAAAAAGAGGUAGCGAUCACAAGCCGCCAAGUGGCAUUAAGGGCUCUUCGGUGAAGAAACGCAAGCCCACUGGUCAAUCACUUCGCUCCAAGCUGUACAACAAGUACCGACCGCCUCCAAAGACCUUUCAAACUUCUCCAUCUCAACAGCAGGAGAACACUCCCCGGGCUUCGGGUUCAAAAAACGCCAAAACGCCCAAUGAAAGCGGUGCACGGAAUCAGCACGAUCCUGCUGAUUCCAGCAGCGAAUCCAGUGUGGAAGACUACCUAGUAAAUCCAGCCGAUCUUGAUCUGCACUCAACCUUCUUUGCCGGCGGCCAAAAGGAGAAGUCACCGGCGCCCCAAUUUGAUUGCAAUGCGGGCAUCACGAAUCUUUCAGACUCCGGGUCAGAGGAUAACAACGAGAGCAGCUUCGAGGAUAAAGCAGGCAAUGCCUUCGACUUUCGCGGUCUCCUGGAGAACGCAAACAGUUUGGAGCGCACUAGGGAUGCUUUGAGCAAACGAAAUGUCACGGCCACUCCGCCAAGGAGCCAGGCUGCCACCAUGGAUGUCAAUGCGCUGCUUGCAUUGGGCGAGAACCAAAACUACCAGAGUGUAGAGGUAGAGGAACGUGAGGGAAAUCAACGUAAGAAGGCGGGAAGAGGAGCAACAGCAGCGCCGCCGACCCUGGAUGAACCGUCGCGCCUCAGCAAGACGAAGUCGACGCGGAUAAAGCGACACACCAAGACGCGACCCGUCUCCACUGUGGUCGCCAACGCUGGUGAUACUGAUGACUCCGAUUUUGAGGAAGUGGCAGAUGCAGAUCUAUCCAGUGACCAGGACGAGGACGGGACGCCAAACAUCUCAGGGGAUCUGGAGAUUCGCGUGGGACUGGAAGGGCUCCGACCCACCAAAGAGCAAAAGACCCAACACGAACUGGAGAUGGCCCUGAAGCGUCGCCUCAACAAGGACAUCAAGGACCGUCAGCUUUUGCUGCACAAAGUCAGCCUGAUGUGCCAAAUAGCUCGCAGUCUAAAGUACAAUCGGCUGCUGGGCGAGUCAGAUGCCCUGAUGCAGGCUGCCCUUAAACUCCUGCCAAGCCGAAACGCCUAUCCUACGGAACGAGGCACCGAACUUAAAUAUCUGCAGUCGUUUGUCACCUGGUUCAAAACGGCAAUCAAGCUGCUGAGUCCCAAUUUAUAUUCCGAGCAGCCGACUGCUACCAAGAAGGCCAUAUUGGAGUCUUUACUGGAGCAGAUCAAGCGCAAGGAAGCCCGCUGCAAGCAGGAUAUGAUCUUCAUAUUCGUUGCCAUUGCUCGGGGAAUGGGCAUGCACUGUCGGCUAAUCGUGAAUCUCCAGCCAAUGCCACUGCGUCCGGCGGCCAGUGAUCUGAUUCCCAUUAAACUUAGACCAGAUGAAAAGAAUAAAAGCCAGGAGGUGAAAUCAGAAGAGGAAAGUGAGGAUGAGAAGCCUAAAAAAGAUAAAAGGGCUAAGAAGCCAGCAGAUUUGAAGCAGGAAAAAGUAAGCAGCAAGACAACUAUUUCUAAAGAGGCUGAAAAGAAAAUCAAUGAGACUAAACCAGUCACUAAACCAACAAUAAAGGGUUCAGAAAACACGAAAUCCCGUACAGUUCAAAAGGACAAAAAAGAGCUAAGUCUAUCCUCAAAGUUAGUUGAAAAAUCAAAACAGCAAAGAACCCAUACUUCCAGCAAAUCUGACACUUCUUUUGAGGAUAAACCAAGUACUUCAUCCAGCUCAAAAUGUUUUCAGGAAGAACAUUCAGAAUUGGGGUUCGCCAAAAAGUUGAUAAAACCGACUCUUUCCUCAAAAUUAGUUGUAAAAUCAAAACAUCAAACUUCAUUUAGUUCCAAUAAAUCUGAUACUUCUUUCGAGGAGAAACCAAGUACCUCAUUUAGCUCCAAAUCUUUAAAAGAAGAGACAGCUAAAUUAAGUUCAUCCACAAUCAAUGACAAAAAGGCGUCAAACCCGAGUGUGUCCUCCCAGUUAGUUGGCAAAUCCAAACAGCAAAUACUACCUUCAAGUUGCAACAAAUCGGAUACCUCUUUCGAGGAAAAGCCAAGUACAUCAAAGGAAACUACAGAAACCAAAACUAAAGCACAGUCGUCACUCCUAAAAAGGGUCACCACUCAAAACAUUUCUGAAGCAGGCGAGAGCAAGAAAUCGAAAAUGGCUCCUGUGGAAGCUUUCUCCCCAGUGGCAGGUCGUACACGAAGAGCCGCGGUGAAACCCAAAACAGAGGAGAAACCGCAUGUGGUUGGAUCACCAGUGAUACCUAAGCUGAUGCUGUCCAAAGUGAAACAGCUCAAUGCCAAGCAUAGUGAUACGGAAAACGCUAAUCCUGCGGAGAAACAUUUGCAGGAGCAGCACCGCACACGGGAAACCCGAUCGAGGAGCAAGUCUCCGAAAGUCCUUAUAUCACCUAGUUUCCUUCGAAAGAAGGAAGCCGACGAAGCCGAUUCCACUUCAGCACCACCGAAGCAUCAAAAGGGCCCAGAAACUAAGGCGCGAAUUUCGCCAAACUUUCUGUCCGAAGCUUUACCAGUUCGCCAGCUACGAAGCCGUGGUCAAAAAGCCAGUACCCUAGCCAUUCCGCAAUUGGAUGGCGGUGACGAUGUGCCGCUACCGAAAAAGCGCCUAAGACUGGAGAAGUUGAAAAAUUCGCAAGAUUCCGAUGAUGUGUUUGAACCUGCCAGGCCGGUGAAAAAGGCUCCUGUACUGCCCAAGUCAGUACAAAAUCUUCGAAAGGAUCGGCGAGUGAUGUCCACAGAUGAUGAGGGCGGUUCCAAGCUCAAGCGGCGAGCGGAUGCCUCUGACAUGUGGGUGGAAGUGUGGUCAGAGGUGGAGGAGCAGUGGAUCUGUAUAGACCUGUUCAAAGGCAAGUUACAUUGCGUGGACACAAUAAGGAAAAAUGCGACACCCGGACUAGCUUACGUCUUCGCCUUUCAGGACGAUCAGAGUAUGAAGGAUGUCACCGCCAGGUACUGCGCCAAUUGGAGCACCACUGUGCGCAAGGCGCGUGUGGAAAAGGCGUGGCUAGAUGAAACUAUUACCCCAUAUCUCGGACGCCGCACGAAGCGCGAUAUAACAGAGGAUGAUCAGCUGCGCCGCAUUCACUCCGACAAACCCUUGCCAAAGUCCAUUUCUGACUUCAAGGACCAUCCGCUGUACGUGCUACAGCGGCACUUGCUUAAAUUCCAGGGUCUGUAUCCGCCAGAUGCGCCCACACUGGGCUUCAUCCGUGGUGAAGCGGUUUACUCCAGAGAUUGUGUGCACCUCUUGCACUCUCGUGAUAUCUGGCUUAAAAGUGCACGCGUGGUGAAGCUUGGUGAACAGCCUUACAAGGUGGUUAAGGCACGUCCAAAGUGGGAUAAGCUCACGCGCACUGUUAUCAAGGACCAGCCACUGGAAAUCUUCGGCUAUUGGCAGACUCAGGACUACGAGCCUCCCACUGCAGAGAAUGGAAUUGUGCCGCGAAAUGCCUACGGCAAUGUGGAGCUCUUUAAGGCCUGCAUGCUGCCAAAGAAGACAGUGCACUUGAGAUUGCCUGGCUUGAUCCGCAUCUGCAAGAAGCUGAAUAUUGAUUGCGCCAAUGCAGUGAUAGGCUUCGAUUUCCAUCAAGGCGCUUGUCAUCCCAUGUACGAUGGCUUUAUUGUUUGCGAGGAAUUCCGUGAAGUGGUUACUGCCGCUUGGGAAGAGGAUCAACAGGAGCAAGCGCGCAAGGAACAGGAGAAGUACGAAACACGCGUGUAUGGAAACUGGAAGAAAUUGAUAAAGGGUGUCCUCAUUCGCGAGCGACUCAAGAAAAAAUAUAACUUUUGAAGGCUCUGAUUUAUGUUAAUACAAUGUUUCGUUUAAAGGUAUUUUCAUAUUUUUGUAUUUGAAACUUAAUUUGAUUCCAAUAAAGUGUACACGUGCAGUUGUUUUGAA